GUUUUUCAUUCAUUCAUUCAAUACAUUCAUUACAUUCACUCAACAAUACAAACAACAAAACAGUCAAUCAUUUAAUUAAUAUAAAUAAGUCAUUCAUUGAAUUAGUUUUUAUUUUAAAAAUAUUUAUUAUUUUUUUCAAUCAAUUGUCACUACAAUUGAUAAAACAUUUUAAACCAAACGAAACCAAACAACAAAUAAAAAGCCGUUAUUUUUUCGGCGGCCGUCAAUUGUUGGCCACUCGCUCUCUCUMUCUCUAUCUCUAUAUCUCUCCACGGCUAUUGUGAGGACACAAAAAUUUUAAACUCGCUCCCGAAAGUCCAAACCAAUUGCCAAUUGAUAUCCUUCUCCACCCGCGCGCGCGGGACACCCGAUAUAUAUAUAUUCCUAUAUAUAUAUAUCUCAGUCUACGGGUGGUGGUAGUGGUGUUGGCCAUAUCUACCCGAUUGAUCGGUUCGCGAACAACAAGUCUAUAUCGUAUCUCAGAUGAAGCCGUUGUCGUCCAAUCUGGUCGCUAAUAGUCCGCACAGUCUACUACACCAGUGUGUCGAGUAUGUGGUCAGAGAGGCGGUCGACCUGCGAGGCGUUUCACUGCCCAAAGAGAUAUGUGAUCUACUUAUACAAGUCUAUCGGGAGACGCAUCUCAAUACCGACAGUGUCGGCGAUUCGUUUGCCAAAUUUUUAUCGCAAUUUCGUUCAAACAAUAGCCGCAUAAGUGUGGCCAAGUUUGCCGAUAUGGCCAUUACUGAUGAAACAUUGGAGGCAUUCUUGGAGGAACACUCCAAGACUAUUACCCAUUUGGAUAUAUCCAACUGUUCCGAUCUGACGGCCAAUGCUUUGCACUAUAUUAACAAAAUACUAACCCGAGUAACUGAUCCGCGAAAACUGAUCCGUACGGUUAGGGUCAUCGAAGAAGGGCCCGUCCAAGAGAGUCGCGUACUGUACACUAAACGCUAUCAAAACGGUGUCAUCACAACUGUCCGAGAAAAUUGUCGAGUCGACGAAAAUGUCGGUAUUAUUACCGAUGACUAUGACCUAACGCAGGCAAUGGGCAUCUUUGACGAUACAGAUUUUGCCGAUUUCAAGGCCCGUAAACUUCGGGACCUGAACGGUAUCCGGUGUAUCGACUUUGAUCUUAACGAUUGCGAUGAACCCAUGAACGUUGACUAUGAUCUAAAAUCCACUGGUCAGCAUCAGCAGCAGCCACUGCCGUCGCUGACACCAAAUCGUCGGUCGCCGCCAUUGUUGUUGUUGAGUCGUCGUCACCAUAACAAAGAUUGUUACGACAACUAUAGACAACUGGAAGUAUUUUCCAAGAAUAUAGCCGACAAUCGGGUAAAGACAUUGGAGAUCAAGACCUGGCAGAAUACGCCGCUACAGUCGCUGAUUAUUGGCCGCUCGACACAUAUAUUACCCGAUUAUAUUGAGGAGGACGGUCUCGACGAUGAGGAGUUCUCCACACAGAGUCACCUAAUUAAUCCAUUACUACCUAUUCGUAAACUAGUGAUACACGAGUGGACAUUCGUUGAUUCGUCCACUCCUUAUCUAAAGUAUUUAAUUAAUUCACAGAUGAAACAAACCCUACAGCACUUGGAUCUGAGCAAUGGCUGUGCCAUUGAUGACGGAGCGCCACUCGCCGAACUUAAGUCGUUAAAAACGUUGAUACUAUAUAACUGCCCUAAACUACAUCACGCCAUCAACAAUAUCAUUAAAAUUAAGACAUUGAGAUUUUUAGAUAUUUCGUCGACAAAUGAUCGCUACGGUCACGGAUAUAAAGAUCCGAACAAACAGUUAGCACUAAUUGUACAGUCGCUGCCAGAGUUGACCAGAUUUGACAUUUCGGGUACCAAUUUGGCCGGUCCUCGUUACGAUUAUAUACCCGGAUUAAUAUCCCGACACAACAAUCCAUUCGAGUACUUAGGACUGUAUAAUACGGCCAAUGAGGCGGCCUAUCGGCGAACAAUACCAGCGAUUUCGGUAUCGGGUGACGCCACCGAAGAGCAGAUACUUACCGGAUGUGAGGUCUAUAUCGAUAGAGUCGAGUUCUUGAGGCGAACGCUCAAUGAUCUGUUCCAUUGUUUUCGAUUAGAGACAAACUUUCAUAACAUUAAUCGUGCCCUCGAUAUCGUAUUGGAGUCAAUGGCCAGACAUUUGCACGAAAAACAGAUACAGAUUGCGGCCUCGGCUUCACUAUUCUAUAUUGUUAAGUCAGAUGAGGCCAAACAUAACUUCAAUAUUAAAGUCAAACAAUUGAUUAUAACGAGACUAUUGGACGCCAUGCAAGAGCACCGAUACGACAUAACUAUGCUGAGGAACGGUAGCUUAACUUUGAUACAUUUUAAAAUACCUGGCGAUGUUAUUUUUGAAUACUCAAGACUAGUGGAAAUACUAUUACGAAUUGUUACCAAUGAUGACGACGACUUUAUCCAAAGAUUAGGCAUAUACCUAUUGAACACACUGGCCUGUCAAGUGGACGGUGACCAGAAAACCAUAGUCGGCGAUUUGGGUGCAAUCGAUAAAAUGCUUGCACUAAUCGAUGCACGACUACAUCGAAAUAUAUGCGAUGAAGUAAUGGAAACAGCGUGGAGUACUAUGUGGAAUGUAACCGAUGAAACACCAGUUAAUUGCCAACGUUUUCUCGACAAUAAUGGCAUGGAUUACUUUGUUUCGUGUAUGCAUUCAUUUCCCAAUAGCGCCGAAUUGUUGCGCAAUAUGAUGGGUCUCUUAGGAAAUGUAGCCGAAUGUUCGCAUCUCAGACAUCGACUAAUGAAAUCCGAUUAUAUCAUGAGGUUUGUUGAACUAUUGGACAGCGAAAGCGAUGGCAUAGAAGUCAGCUAUAAUGCCGCCGGAAUACUGUCUCAUAUCGCAUCCGACGGUUCACAUUAUUGGCAACAAUAUCUGCCCUAUGAUUGUAAACGAGAGUAUAUGUUAAAUCGUUUGAGUGCAGCCAUCAGACGCUGGAAGAUCAACUCCAAGAGAAAUAUCAACUACAGAUCAUUUGAGCCAAUUUUGCGUCUAUUGAGAAGCAAUAUACCAUCUGAAGCCCAAUAUUGGGCGGUCUGGGCGUUGGCCAACUUGACCCGUGUUUACAGCUCCAAAUACUGUCCACUGCUUAAAGAGGAUAACGGAAUAGAAGUAUUGGAACAGUUGGCCCAAAACGAGUCGUCAUCUAUUCCUCAGCAUAUAAGACAUUUAUCGUCUCUGACACUCUACCAGUAUUGCAAAUAUACCGAUUCGGGUGAACUAACCGAACUCGAAACAAGCGAAGACAUUGAUAUACCGAUGGAUUUUCUAGUAAACUAUUCGCAUAAUAAACACAAUCAGUUGACAACAACAACAACACCAUCAGCAACAACAACAUCAACGACGACGACGACAACACCUAUUGGUAAUGCCAUUCAACCCUAACUACAGUAUAACCCAAACCAAACAAAACAAAACCAAAAAACAACUGAUUAUUGAUGUUAUUAUCUAAUGAAGAUUACACAAACACACACAACUGUCCCCAAUAUUGGGAAUACAUAUAUAAUAUAUAU